AUGAAAUCCGUUUUUUCUCUUACCGCGCUCCAGCUGCUGGCCAGCUAUGUUGCCGCGCACCCUGUCAAGGGCACCGUGCUCUCUACCUUCACUGACCGCAGCUUUCCCUGGCAUAUAGGCGUGCCCAAGCCCAGUUCAUCUGAUUCUCAUAGCAAGCGCGAUGUCACCCUUCCCAGUACCUGGGAUCCUCCUUCUGACCUUGUCACUCCUUUGCAAGAGGUCUGGGACCACGAAGUCGAGACAUAUAGCGAUGCACUCGGCUUCCAAAACUAUGGCUUCGACCAAGUCAUCGCCGCUGGAGGCAAGAUCAACUACUGUGUCCGCUGGGAUUCCUCUCAAUCCGUCACUGCCGAGCAGCGUUCGCAGAUCGCCCAGGCCGCCAGCCGCUCCUAUAACAAGUGGAUUGCUGGACUUGCCGGAUUCGAUGGUUGGCCUUAUGACACUGUCGAGGUCAACGUUGUCGGCUGGGCUGUGACGAAAGAGUCCCUGCUCGAGGGAGACACCUCCGGCAUUGAUAUUUACACCGACACCGAUGCUGAUGGCAUUCCACAGUGUGCUGAAGCUUGUGGAAGGUUUUUCCACCAGGACGGCGAUUACAGCGGUUGCGCCGCUGGGGAGGAUCGUCAUUAUGACAACAGCCUCUGGCUCACCGAUGGCUUCGAGGGCGGCACCGGCGGUGACUGGGGUCAGCGGGUUGGUACCGACUACUUCCUCCAGAACCUAGAGACGGAGAACAUUCACAUCUACCUGCAUGAAAUUGGCCAUACUUUCGCUUUGGAUGACUUUUACGACUGGACCCCUACCGGUGUCGCAAGCUUCAUCAUGCUCUCCGGCAGCGCCACCGAAAUCACUGAGUUCGACUACUGGAUGCUCCGCGACUGGUGGCGAAACCUCAAGGACCGCUAUGACCUGUCUAGCGUCAGCUCUUCUGACAGCACCUCUAGCUCCCGGUCAGCUGCCACGUCUUCUACCCCUGUUUACGUCCCAACCACAACGGCGGCGGCAACAUCUGCACCCGCUGGAUACGUCUCCCUCCCCACUGAGGUUGCAGCUGUGGAACCUUCUACUUCUACGUCUGCCGUUCCGACGGCCCCCACGAUUCCUGUUGCGACUAUUACCGGUGCUGGAUCUGAGUCUGGGAACGAAAACCCUUGGAGUGGAAGCGGCUGGGAGCAGCCCUCUCAAGGACACCCUUGGUGGGCUGGGAACUCGUGGUGGAGGCAGAGAGCUGAAUCUCGCUCUUAG